AUGGAGGAUGAAAACGUGGCUCCAGUGAAAAGAGGACGAGGUCGUCCACUAAAAACCGACCAACCACCACUCACAGAAAAACCAAAAUCGACUGCGAAUAUUCGUAAAGGAAGAUCAAAGAAAGAUUCUCCAGAAUUGGAGAAGGACGAGGAAGUGCAUGUCGCUGAAGAGGCCGCUGAACCAGUUGAAGUAAAAACUGCUGGCGGACGAGGCCGCAAGAAGGCUGUUCAACAAAAACCAGAACUUGAAGGAGAGAAGGAAGUUCACGCUGCUGAGAAAGUCGUUGAACCAGUGGAAGAAGUGGAGAAGCCAAAGCCGGCUGGCGGACGAGGCCGAAAGAAAGCUGUUCAACCUCAAGAAGAAGUUCAGGAGGAGGAUGAAAUUCAUGGCGCCGAGGAAGCCCCUGAACCAGUUGAAGCUCCAAUUCCAAAAUCUGCUGGCGGACGAGGACGCAAAAAGGCUGUUCAACCAAAAGUUGAAGUUCAAGAAGAGGAAACGCAUGGCGCCGAGGAAAUCCCUGAAGCUGUUGGAGAAAAUGAAAAACCGAAAGCUGCUGGUGGACGUGGUCGCAAGAAGGCUGUUCAACAAAAAACCGAAGUUCUUGGUGAACAAGAGGAACAACCAGAACUUCCGGUCGAAGUUGCUGAACAAUUGCAAGUUGCUAAGGAUGCUGGUGGAAGAGGAAGAAAGAAAGCUGCUCCAGCUGCGGUAGAAGAAACGAAGGAAGAUGAUGAAGAGAAGGACCAAGGAACUUCAUCUGGAGCUGGUGCCAAGCGUGGUCGUCAACCAUCGUCUAAGAAAAUAGAAAUUGUUGCAAAACAAACUGUUGAAAAAGACGAGGCUUCACAAGAAUCGGCCGAGGAAGAAGAUCAAAUCCCUACAGAAGAAGCCGCAGAACCAGAAAAAGGUAUUUUCAUCACUAAUUUUUUACAAUUUAAAUUUAUCUGUUUCAGCUCCAGUCAAAAAAGCUCGUGGCGCCAAAGCACAAAAGACACCAGCAACUCCGGAGAAAGUUGCCGCGGAAGAACACGAAGAAGAGACAGCGGAGCUUGUGAAAGCUGACAAAAAAGGUAGUGUUUUUUUUCAAGCUGAUUGUCCCAUAAAACAAUUUUCCAGCCACAAAACGAGGUCGCCCAGUCGUCAACAAACCAAAGCCAGCAGCUGGCGCAAAGCGCGGAAGAACCGCACAAGUUCAAGAAGAAGUCGUCGAAAAUGACGACGAAUAA